AUUUCCUCAUGGACCCCUUUACUGCAAAGUGACUUUAACGUGUCCCUGUAAGAACUCUGUCCAAACUUCAUCAGCUUUGCUAUAUUCUCUGUGAGGCCUCCGAGUUCUUGAUGAGUCACCAAUGGAGUCUCGCUCUUGGAAGUGGAGAUCUUACAUGAUCAAGAUGUCCUGCUACAAACUUAAUAGGUAGUAAGAGAAGACACCAGAUAACGGCCAUUCUUACCGGAACAAUUGGCCAUCUAAAUAAUAUUUGAAUUUCACAGUCAAUAAGAGAAGAUACAAGAUGACAGGAGUUGCGGUGACCAUACUUUCUGCAGUGGUACAAGGACUGGCUUCUGCAGUGGCGGAGGGACUGGUGAAAGCCCUUAUGAAGAAACCUGACUGUAACUUUGAGGAGGAGCUCCAAUCCAUGAAUAGGAGACUAGUUGAUAUAAAAGGCUUACUUGAGAAAAACGAAAAUUGCGAUGAACCAGCUGUCAAGGCAACCUUGGCUGCAUUCAGAGAUGUGAUGUAUGAAGCAGAUGAUAUAUUGACAGACUGCCUUAUCAGACAAGAAGAUCAGAAAAAAAGACACUUGUGCAAUUUGUCUCUUUUUAAUGUAUUCUCUGGCAACUCUCAAGCAGCAGCCAGGAAAAUACAGGAUCUCAAUCGGGGGAUUGAUGAUACAAAGAAUAUUCUGGGUAAGCAUUUGACAGCAGGAGGUAGCAGCGGCCUCCACGGUGGUGACACAGAAGAGUUGAGAAGGUAUUAUGAACAAUCUGAUGAAAUAUUCGGAAUUGGCGAUCAAGUGGAAAAGUUAAAGGGGUGGAUUAUUUGCAAAGGAUCUGAUGAAAAAUCUGACUACAAGCUUGAAAAGAUUGUGAUUGUGGGGAUGGGGGGGUUGGGAAAAACCACCAUUGCGGAUGUAAUUUUUAAUGACAGUGAUGUAAUGAAACAUUUCGACAGGAAUAUUAAGGUGGUAGUUUCCCAUUUUACGGAGGAGGAUGUCGGGAGGAGCAUCUUGGAAAAAUUAGGAGAAAAAUCAGGAGAACAACCAUCAGAACUGGGCGGACAUAUAGCUGACGAGAUGUUAAACCAGAUUAUUUCACGGUUGGAACAAGAAAGCUGUCUCAUUAUUCUGGAUGACAUCUGGGACAACGAUCAUUUCGCAUGGUGGAAGAACAAGUUCUUUCCCCGUCUAUCAAAUUCAACUCUGAAAAAAACUUGCAUCAUUGUCACGACCAGGGACCACGGUGUUGCAUCUAAAAUUGGAGUUCAUGAAGAUCGAGUCCAUGAGCCCCCAUUCCUCGAAGAAAAUGACGGCUUGUUAUUGUUCAGCAAGUAUGCAUUAGCCAGCAUAGAUGUCAAAAAUGAAAGUAGACGCAAAAUAUUUGAAGAAGAAGGAAAGAAAAUAGUGGCUAAAUGCGGCGGACUUCCCCUGGCUAUCAAAACAAUAGGAGCAUUGCUGGGAUCAGAACCUAAUAGUUCUCUUGCUGGGUGGAAGAGAAUUUGGGAAAGCUUUCGUGAACCCAUAAGCCAGAAAGAAAAUAUUGUGAUGAAUUCAUUGGAACUGAGCUACAAGGCGCUCCCGCUUCCUUUAAAGCAGUGCCUACUGUAUUUUUCUGUUUUUCCUGAAGAUUACAAGGUUCAAGCUGAAAGGUUAGUCCACUGGUGGAUUGGAGAGGGCCUGGUCCAGGGAACAAAGUCCAAAACUGCAACGGAAAUGGGCUUUGAACACCUAUCUAAGCUGGUGAGCCGAUGCCUGGUUGAAGCUGUGGAGAGGCGAGGCUACGAUGGAGCAGUCUACAGUUGCAAAAUGCAUGAUAUGGUCCGAGAUUUUACCCUUUUGAAGGCCAAGGAUGAGCAGAUUUGCUCCUUUGACCAGAACAGGCAACAUUUCAGUGAUCAUUCUCGAUGGUGGGGUCUGAUAAGUGCCACAGAAGCGAAAUCCUUUAAAGCAAGUUCAAAGCUCAGGGCUCUGUUGCUGAUGUUUGGUGAUCAAGCUAUCAUCGACAUAAAUUUGGGUUCAUUCCAUUCACUUAGAGCGUUGGACUUGUCUAACAACGAUCUAGACAGCAAUGCUUUAAAGGAUCUCUUCAAAUUGAUAAUCUCCCUCGAACGCCUGGCGUAUCUGAAUCUAAGCGGAGCUAAGGGACUCAAAGAAAUACCAAAGUCGAUUAGCAAACUCAGAGUCCUCCAGCUCUUAGUUUUGAACGGAUGCGUUAAUCUAUCCAAGCUGAGCCCUUCAGUCACAGAUUUGAAGAGGUUGCUAGUCUUAGACCUUGAGUCAUGUGGUCUUAAAUACCUCCCUCAUGGACUAGGGACACUCUGCAAGCUUCAAGAAUUGUCAGGAUUUUGUCUGGAACGUCCUCCGCUUUUCAGAAACAGCUGUUCACUUCAUGAGCUUGGAGAACUAAGUGAGUUGCGAGUAUUGAGAAUGCAGUUAAGUGAAGAUAGUAAAGUAAGAAAUGAAGAUUCAGCAGUGAUAUCAAAGCUCAAGAAACUCAAGGUUCUAGCCAUUGAUUUUAACAAAGGACAGUGGAAAGAGGAUACUAUGUUUCAGAUGCUAGACAAGCUUUCUCCUCCGUCAGAACUCAAGGAGCUGUCUCUUAGGCACUAUUAUCACAACAAUUUGCCCAAAUGGUUCAGUCCUGAGCAUCUUUGCAAUUUGGAGUAUCUUUGCAUGGAGGAUGGACAUAUGACUGAUAUCAGCACAGAUGCUUGCACCAGUUGGAAAGUGGAAGGCUUGCGUUUAAAGGUAGUGCCAUUGUUAAAGAUGGAGUGGUACGAGUUGAUCGAGAAGAAGAUGCCUAUAUUACGCUAUGCAGAGGUUAGCGGUUGUUAUGGAUUAGCCAAUUUCCCCUAUCCUAUGGACGACAUCAACGUGCAGGCGAUCUGGAGGCGUAGCAAAAGGCCAGAAAUCUCUGAUCUCCACCAAGAUACAACACCGCAAACCCAAAAUAAUUGAUGUGAUGCGCUUGAUAUACGUGUGUGUCAAUUGUCAUUGCAUGAAUUUCUGAAUAACUAAAUGCUUAUCGAACGGUUGUAAUGUUGUGAAAUUUGCUUCAUACGUGUUCUGAAUUUCGUUGCAGUUGCAAUGUAUAUCAAUGUGAUAUUGUGUGUUGAACUUAUUACCAAGUUGUCGAAAUUUGCUGCUUUGAUUUGUUUGUUACGAGGACAGAAUGCUGGGAUGGGCAUAUGAUUGUGUAGCUGAAGGAGUCUGUUUAUAAAUAAACUUGAGAUCUGCAGAUGUUUUCAUUUA